AUGCACCCGCUUGCCCUGUCCUCCAGCUCGCUCCUCCGCCUCAUCAAGUCGCUCUCGCCGGCGGCGCCGGGGGCGCUCCUGUCGGCCGCCGCCAUCCACUGCCUCCUCCUCAAGCCGGGGCUCCUCCACGCCGGGGCGCACCUCCCCACGGCCCUGCUCACGGCUUACGCCGCGCUCGGCCGCCCGGCCCACGCGCGGGCUCUGUUCGAUGAAAUGCCCGACCAGGGCCUCGUCGCGCGCACCGCCAUGGCGCGGGCGCACGCGGCGACCGGGCAGCCGGCCCAGGCCCUCCGGGUGUUCCGGGGCAUGCUCGCGGACGGCCUCGCCCCGGACAACGUUGCCCUGGCCGUCGCGCUGGCCGCGUGCCACUCUCGCACGCUGGCCGCGGGAAGGAUGGUCCAUGCUUUCGUCGUCGUCAGCGGCAUCGAGCCGGACAUGUUCGUCUCUACCCAGCUUGUGAGAGUCUACGGGGAGCGCGAGGAGCUCGCGGUCUCCAGGAGGGUGUUCGACGACAUGCCGGCGAAGAGUGCCGUCGCCUGGAACACCAUGGUGCAUCAGUAUGUCAGGAAUAGACAUGUGGAGGCUGCGUACCAGCUCUUUCUUGCCAUGCCGAGGAGGGAUGUGGUGUCGUGGAACACGGUGAUAGCAGGGUAUUGCCUGGUCGGCCGGUGCAGGGAGGCGCUAGGCUUGUUCCGCCAGAUGGUGUCUCCGUCCUCAUGCCCGGUGCACCCGAAUGGGCCUACAAUGUCCACUGUCCUUGGUGCAUGUGGAGCUGCAGGGUGUUUGGAGACUGGGAUUUGGGUCCAUGCGUAUAUUGACAAGAAUCGGAUGAAUCACAAUGGCACACUGGAUAGAUGCUUGAUAGACAUGUACGCCAAAUGUGGAAGCAUUGACACGGCCUUGCAGGUGUUUGAGAAGGCACCUGGGAAGAGGGACCUCUACUCAUGGACAACAGUGAUUUGUGGACUAGCGAUGCAUGGUCGUGCCGCUGAUGCCUUGCGGAUGUUUCACAUGAUGCAAGAUGGUGGUAUGCGCCCUGAUGAUGUUACUCUCGUCGGGGUCCUGAAUGCGUGUGCACAUGGAGGACUAGUGGACCAAGGCCUUGACUACUUCUACUCCAUGCAGGAGAAAUAUGGAAUCACACCCAAGAUUGAACACUAUGGCUGCAUGGUCGAUCUUCUCGGCCGCGUCAGGCGAUUGGCAGAGGCAUAUAGGAUGAUAAAGACAAUGCCAAUGAAACCUAACAUGGUGAUAUGGGGAGCCUUCCUGAGCGCAUGCAAAGUCCAUGGCAGCUUGGAGCUUGGCGAGAUUGCGGCGGCGGAAGUUACCAGGUUGGAUCCGGAUGACCCUUGGGCAAGGGUGAUGAUGUCCAGCAUGUACGCAAAAGCCCAGAACUGGAGCGGCCUCGCCAGGGAGAGGAGGGAAAUGAACAGCCUGCGGAUGAAGAAAACUCCAGGGUGCAGCUCGGUCGAGCUUGACGGUGAGGUGCAUGAGUUUGUGGCCGGUGGCAGCCAGCAUCCUCUGCAUGCUGAGAUUUGUACUGUGCUGGAGUGUGUUGAGGCGCAGUCACAUACAGGUUGA